CAUUAUUCGCGGUAUGAAGUUACAGACUAAGUUACGUGUACGGUCCGCUGACUGACUCACUCCACAUUUCGCCAGAUGUAUUUAUUCUGGAACAGGAUUGGCGAUUUGAUAGUUCAGCUACAGAGAACCUUUGAGAGUUAGAGGACAGUGUGCCAUCAUUUCUACAAAGAUUGACCCAUCAGAUGAACAUAACCUUAUGAGGAUUAUGAAUUAUGGAAAUUGAAAGAUUCCCAUGGUAGACACUGGAUUAUGUAAUUCAUUGAUCCAUUUUAUCUACAUAUAUGUGCAAUGUCUUAUUGAGGACACCUGAAGAUGGCUGGAAGUCGACCAAUGCUUCUCAAAGUUGUCAUCCUUGGGGAUGGGGGUGUCGGUAAAAGUUCUCUCAUGAAUCGCUUCGUGAGUAACAAGUUUGAGCAGGAAUCCUUCCAUACCAUAGGGGUGGAGUUCUUGAACAAAGACAUUGUUGUGGAAGGAGAGACCUUCACUGUUCAGAUAUGGGACACAGCAGGACAGGAGCGCUUCAAGAGCCUGAGGACACCAUUCUACAGAGGUUCCGACUGCUGCAUGCUGACGUACGGCGUGGACGACAGGCAAAGCUUUCACAACUUAACCAUGUGGAAGAAGGAGUUCUUGUACUAUGCGGACAUUGCUGACGGAGAAAACUUUCCAUUUGUUCUCCUCGGCAACAAAGUUGAUGUGGAGUCGGAAAAGCGACAGGUGGGUGUGGAUGAAGCAAAGCAGUGGUGUGCAGACAAUGGCGGUGUGCCUUAUUAUGAGACUAGCGCCAAGACGGCGGUCAAUGUAGAAGAAGCAUUCAUUGCAGCAGUUCGGAGGGUGGUCGAGCUUGAUCGCAAGAAUGAUGUCAGAGAUGAUGUCAAUCCUAUCAACUUGAAUCAGAAGCCUAGCAAUGUUCACAAGAGGUCAGAUUGUUGUUAAAGCUUAUGUUGAUGGUUUUCAAAAUAACCAUACAUGUAUAAAUGUAAACAGAGUGUAAACUGUUUCAAGAUUUAUGCAUAUUGUUUAUUUCACUAGUUCAAGAGUGUACAGGUAUGUUCUUUUGUAAUACAUUCUCUGGCAUGUUAUUUACAAGAUAUACAUUAUUCAAGAGUAUGAUGGCUAUGUGUCAAAUUAAACGUAGCUCUGAAUAUUUUAUCAACGAAACAUGACUAAUUCCAUGGACAUGUAUGUAGGAGAGAUCGGGGUUAGUUGGAACGCGGGGUAAAACAUUGUAAUUUUCUUUAUCGCCUGUAAAAUUAAUUUAGGCAAUACUGCUCUUAAUUUAUUGCUAUUAACAUCAAUACAACAGUUGAGGGCAGUAUUGUAUAAAUAUAUUUUACAGGCGUUAAAGAAAAUUACAAUGUUUCAACUUACCCUGCGUUCCAACUAACCCUGAUCUCCCCUAUACCUGUGAUUAAUUCGGAGAUGUGCAAACUAGCAGAAUUUCUUUUGUAAAGAGAAAAUCUCUGCCUCGUUUAAUAUUUUUGUCAUGGUACACGAGCUUAUAGGUAGAUGGUUGUGUUUUACUUAAUUACCCCUAUUUAAAGACUACUGGUACUUGAAUUCGAAUGGAUUUGAUUACAUGUAUAACCACAGCAAUACUGUUCUGUCUAUAAA